AUGGAGACUGAAAACGUUUUGAAAUACGAAAGUGCAAGCAAGUUGGGUGAUAUUGGGCGGCUUCCUGUUGUGAAGAAAGACAAGUGGACGAUAUGCAGUCAUGGGGAUGGGGAUGGUGUGUGCAGUGCUGCGAUAGCAUUGAGUGUGCCGCGAUUCAAGAAUGCGGAUUUGGUGAUCACACAUCCGAUGGGGAUCAACCACGACAUCAGAGACAUUGAGACAAACCUUUUCAUCAGCGACAUAGCACUUGAUGCGCGGACGUACAUGUUGUUGUAUGCCAAAUUUGAGAGUCUUCUUGGCUUGGGAUAUCAAGUCAUCUACAUAGACCACCACAGAUUACUUGGAACUCCACCUGAUGGGAUGGAGAUGAUCAACGAUGAGAGUGCGUGUGCGAGUGAGCUAGUCCACAAGUACUUUACACGGCGAAAUGAACUUCCUGAGAUGUGUGAUUUGUUAGCGUGUGUUGGGUGUGUUUGUGAUUACAUGGACGAGACAGAUUACAUCACGGACGUGAUGAACAAGUUUGAGAAGCGAUCUUUGUUUCUCGAUGCGGGUAUCAUGGCACAAGGUCUCUCUGUUUAUAGGAAGAAGGAAACAAAAGAACACUUUGUCAGACAACUGGUGAGUGGAUUGAUCCCUUGUGAAAUACCAGAACUUGUUUAUCGUGCGUUGGAAGUGUCUAAAAGUGAUAAAGACGCACGUCGAGCAGUUAUAGAAAACACAUGUUGCAGUGAAUACAUUGCGUGGAGUUUGAAUCCGCCGUGUGGGAAGUCGAAAGCAGCACAUUUUUCGUGUUCAACAAAAGAGAAGAUGGUGGGUCUUGCCAUCUUUUACUACAAGCGACGUAAAGAGAAAGAAGUUCCACUCUACGACUUGUGUUUCAGAGGAACAUCAACAGUCGAUUUGCGAGAGAUCAUCACACCGCUCGCACUCUUCCUUGGUGGGUCGGGGGGUGGUCACGCAAAUGCGGUUGGCAGUCGCGUUCCUGUGUCAAAGUUGCCACUAAUGUUAUAUUAUAUCGACGUGCGAAUGAAGGCGUAUUUCAAGUCAAAGACCUACACAAACCUCCCACUCCCAAACAACGACGCAAACGAGAAGUUCGACGAGAAGAUUUAUAACAACUUCAUCGACCUUAAGUCGUGGUUUAAAGUUGAAGAAUAG